AUGCACUCUCUACAUGCUCUGUAUAUAAAUCUGAAACAUAUCACGAAAAUCGAUUAUAUAUUCUACCUUGGCCAGUUUGACAAGUUUACGGAUAUCCCGAAGAACACUACGAAGAAAACUGGAGCUUAUAAAGAAUAUCUGCACGCUGUGAAGGACUACCUCGUCUACUUUAUGGAACGAACACGACCGCUUCACAACUUGGAGGAAGAUUUCAAGAAGAGUGAUACUGAAAUUGAUCGAUUGAUCGCAAAUUGA